UCUUAUGUUUUGUUUCGGAGCCCGGAGGUCAAGUUUCUAUCCUACAGACUUUUCGCUAUAUCCAGCAGAAACCAGAUUUUUCAUUUUAUUUAUUUAAAUUAUGUACGAUCACUGCCUCAAAGUUUAACGUGAAAUACCACUAAUUAUUUAUUAAUUCAAGCUAGGUUAUAGUCGUCCAUUAGUGCAAGUUUAUUUUCUACUUAUCUUUCUUGACUAUAAGAACAUGAGCGAUAUUGACAUUGGUUUCGCCCAAGAGAGCGAAUCUUGGCAAUUGGAGAGUAGGUUCUUUCCCUCUAAAGUGGGUGGCAAGCCAUCAUGGCUGGACCUAAAAAACAUACCAGAUUCCAAAAAACUUGCAUGCGAUCACUGUCAACAGCCUACUAUUUUCUUGUGUCAAAUAUAUGCACCAAUUGAAGAAGAUGAGAAAGCUUAUCACAGAACUAUUUAUGUAUUCAUUUGCAAAAAUCCAAUCUGUUGCAAAGAUAAUUCAAAUGGUAACUUGAAGGUUCUACGAUCGCAGUUGGAGCAAGAGAAUGAGUUUUAUCCUCCAGAAGACCCUGUGGUGGAGAGCGAUUGGCAACCAGAUUUGUGUGUAGAAAAAUGGUCAAAAAUUUGUUCCUUAUGUGGCAUUUCUGCCACUCAACAAUGUUCACCACACUGUAAAAAAGUUUACUGCAGUCGGAUUCAUAAACUGUGGGAUUGGAAAAGUGGACAUAAAGCUGCUUGCAUUGCUCAAAAAGAACAGAGCGUGGAACAAAGCCUUGAUCAAAGCCUUGAGGAUCGAUUUUUAUUUCCUCAAUUUGAAAUUGUUUUUGAAAAAGAACAAUAUUCUGAAAAAGAUUGUUCUAAAGAGAGUGACGAAAAAGAUACUGAAGCUGAAGAAUUAAAAAAGUUUGAAGAACUUGUUAAGAGCGGAAAAGUUUCAUUGCAGUCUGAAAAAGGUGUAGAUGAAGAUCUACUUAAAUUGGCUUAUUGUGAAGACGAUGAAGUACUUAUGAAAUUUAAAGAAAGGACCCAGAAUGAACCUAAACAAGUAGUCAGGUAUAACAGAGGCGGUCAUCCAUUGUUUGUUUCAUCAAGCAAUCAACCUUCUGAAAUUCCAAAUUGUGAACUUUGUAAUAGUGAAAGACAAUUUGAAUUCCAGAUAAUGCCUUACUUAUUAACUACUCUAAAAAUAGAUAGUGCUUUCAACUGUAUACAUUGGGGUACAAUAGCAAUUUACACAUGUAAAAAUUCAUGUAAACCAAAUGCAGAUUAUGUGUCAGAAUAUGCAUGGAAACAAAGCUAAGUUGAUGAGAUUAUGCGAUACAUACAAUUCUUUAAGGUUCAUAUUAAAAUUUUUACAAUUCUUACUAAUUGUUAUCAAAUUUGAUAUCUGGGUAGUGAUUGUGAAGCAUAUCUAGUCAAUCUUUCUUAUAUGCUUUGUUAUAUAUUUAGAAAGAUUAAUAGAACCUUUUAUGCACAUGUUCUCAAUUGUAUUUGCAACUGAUUGCGUACUUCAGAAAGAUUUGUAAUAAUAUUGACAAACCACUCUGGUGUGAAAAUCAAACUUAGCAUAAAAUGAGAAAAUCUUUGUAACAAAUCUUCGACAGUGAAAAUAGAUGUGUAUAAGAAAACAAUAAUGACAAUACAUUUUCUUUUGUGUUUCAAAUUUAAUAGCUCAACACAAGGUGAAAUUCCCUUGAUUUGUAAAUCAACCAAAAUAAAGUAAAGUAAUGUAAGUACGACACAUGAA